CGUGCGGGCCUAGAACGACAUCCAAAUCGCCCUAUUAGGGUACCUACCCGAGCGGGCCGACGAAAUUGGAUCUAUUUUCAUUGGUCUAGGAUAGACCGACAAAAAUAUGCUCUUUGUUUCGUCGGCCAGGGCCUAGCCGACGAAAAUAUGAACCUUUUUUCGUCGGCCUGCGCUGGGCCGACGAAAACAAGUCCUAAUUUCGUCGGCUUGUGUUAGCCGACGAAAUAAGCGAGUUAUUUUCGUCGGCUUGUUUUUGGCCGUCGAAAUUACACCUGGCCGACGAAAUUGAGCGGCUUUGGUGUAGUGGGAGGUGAGGAUAUGUUUGGAUCCAUAUGUUGGAGCAAUGGCAGGGUGGGUAAAUAACUGGAAGUUUGGGGUUAAGUAGUAUGACGGAUCAAGGAAUCAAUACUUGCUUCAAAAAUAGAUAAAGAUAAAGAUUAGAAGUAUCCUUUUUAGAACCGUAUUUAUUAAUUUUAUUGUAAAUUUACGUUAUUUUUUAAUUUCGUAUAGGAAGGAUUCUUCGUUAUUGGGUCUUCACUAUCCAACUCAUAUGGGAAUCAAACUAACAUUUCUUCAUGUCACACUGGAACAAUUCUUUGGUUAGCUUCAUAACAGAUUGCAAACGGUCUUCCUAGUCCGCCCAAGGGGAUUUACUAGUGCCGUGCAGUGAAGCAAGCCCUGCAACGAUCUUGGGUCUCAAAUAGUGUGAGGGACGAUGUGGUGUUCGUCUGUCUGAGAUGUAAAAACACGAAACUGUCAGGGCGCAAUGUGAUAAAAGUAGCUGCGAGGGUAUGCUGGUAAAUGUCUUGGUUCUCUUGUUCGCCGUCGCUAUCCUGGACUCUGGUUUCUCAGAGGACGGAAAGGAACAUCCGGGAUGCGUACGUUUAUCUCAGCCCGGUCCAUUUCCAUGUGUUCUCCCCCUCCGUUUCGUCUCCCUCCCAGCAGAACCAGAACCAUGGCCGUGGAAGAAGUGCUAGCACCCUGCACAGCUCGUGGCGCCGCUGCCGCCGCCGCCCAUGCGCUUGCGCCUUGGAUCAUCAGUCCCUUCGCUCGAAAGCUUGGCGUCGACUUGGCACACCAGUUUUGCCCCGCACCCGCGUCCCUUUGUGAUGAAGAUGACCUGCACAAUUGGGAACUAAUUGAUUUCUGGAAGGGCUCGGAGAUUUUGACUAAACCUUCAUCAAAUGGAGGCCUGAAUCAGGAAGAAUGGCCCUCGGAGGACAUGCCACCAUCAUGGAACGGAGGCUUCGACAUCCACAUUGGUUCCCAUGGCAUAGGCGCGCCGGAAUACCUCAGCGUGCAGUACCCGCUGUACUUCCAGAUGGUGCUGUCUGCUGCCUGCGAUAUAUUCGGAGAAGAUGUUCAGGAUGGGAGCGUGUUCAGUUACCCCAACGCAGCCCUGGAAAUAGGAGCCCGUGGCAGUGUCCCUUCAGAUGUUGUCACGGUUCCACAUCAGGUCUACUGUGAAGGGACUAACAGGACUAUCUCCAAGGUAAGCAAGAAGGACAGUGGUGCUCCAGGUUCAGAGCCAGAUAAAACUGACUGGCAGCAGCAGCAGCAGCAGCAGCAGGAGGUCACUCACGCUACACUCAAUCAUGUGAACGGGCUGCGUUUGAUAGGAGUUGAUUCUCGUUUAUCAGGCGCCUUCGGCACUGCUGGUGACAAGGGCCGGUUCCCAGUUUGUCAGGGCAAAAUGGAAACUAGUGCUAGGAGCUUGUGGGAAAUUUUAGCUAAUUCAGGAAGUGUGAUCUGUGAGACUGAAUGCAAGAUCAUCAGUGGCUUGGCUGCAGAAGAAUAUCUUGAUGAGCAACACUUUCUGAACGACAACGCAGAGCUGGGGAAGCAGGUCCGCAACGGCGUUUGGGCGAUUAGCUCGCCUGAGCAGAAGGGCGCAGCUCAGAUUGGAGAACCAGAAGAUCACAGUGGAUACGGUUCCCCCGUCGCCCGUGAGCAUGGCAUCAGCAUCGCCCCCAAGGAAACAGACCCAGGCACUGCCUGGCUCAUCGCUUCCGCUGCUCCGCACCACGCAACGGGGAACCGUGCCCUCCUCUCCGGUUUCGCACCGGAUCAGGGAGACCUCUUCGUGAAGGCAGGAGACGCCGGAGCCGCGCCUAUGCGCGUCGUCGGCCGCGGGAACGUGGUCACCGACGCCGUGGUCCUCCCCAACGUGUGGUACGUCCCCGGGCUCACAGCGAACGUGGUGUCAGUUAGCCAGCUCGCGGAGCUCGAUUAUAGCGUGGCAUUCGGCCACGGCCGGUGCUACGUCAGGAGCAGCGAGGACGGCGUCGUCGUUGGCACAGCACGCGCCGGGGAAGACGGCCUGUUUGCUCUUGACUUCAUCAAAGUUCCUCUUGGCAUCUGAGGGAUCGCUACCUCAUCGGCAAUGCAAGAUCUGCACAUUGUGUGAUUUGAAUAAGCGCGCAGCGUGGAUGGCUUGGCUUGAUUUGAACAAGCAGCCUGAAUCCUUGGGCUGUUGCAUGAUUCAGGCUUGGCUUGUGUUUGUGUGUUUCGUGCAUCAUAUCGGCUCCCUCGACUAUGUUUGAUUACCCAACAAACUAUGAAUUUCAUGUGUUUGAUGGAUUCGCUAUCGAUAUUAUGGUGUGGCUGCAUUAA